GGAGGACGAUGUAAAGAGACGACGUACUGUAGAGUAGGUAGCCUUGGCUCACGGCCCUCCACGCCAUAUACCCUUCGGGAGGUCUGCGGUAAGGGCUCUAGCCCGGCCGCCACGGCGUUAAAUACAACAACAACAACAACAACAACAACGGUGUAUUAUCCACUGUUGUGCUUCAUGCGGAUGUCCCUGCCUGUUACGGGUUAAGAAGCAAUCUUUCUGCACUUAUCGGAUUUCCAAGUCAUUCCAGGCCGCUAAGAAAUACCUUACAGAUUUCUAUGACGAGUCUGGGUCUCGAAAACCGAGCUGGCCUAAUGUCACAGCCAGUUGACGUCGGUGUCGCUAGGGACGAUGUCGCCUGCAUCCUCUUACGUGCUUCACGCCAAGAUCUAAACGACAAACGCAAUCGGUUCGUUCCACGAGGCAAAAUAGUUUCCCAAUUCGACCAUGAGAAGGUAUCAGGCUUGUUAGGCACAUUUAUUCCUUCCGAUAAGACUAAAGUUGCCGAUAUUGCAAGUUUCAUUAGUCCCAACAAGCACAAAAAAUGUCGUUGUGACGACGCUUUGUGUACGGGACUGAGAAUCAUAUUCGCGACAUUAUUCCUACUUGGGAAACAGGAAUUGAUAUUGAAUAUUUACCAAUCUUCGGUUCAUAUUUGCGACGGAGCAUGGCCAUGCAGCGAUCCGACGUUGCCAACUUACUUUUCUCGUGCUGCUGAGGCCCUUCGGGAAGUCCUGCAAGCCCUAGACGCGCAUAAUGAGGAGCUAUUCCACCAGCUGCAAUGGCAUAUGAGGUCUCCGUAUUUCAGUAAAUCGGAUACAAGCUCUAACAAGCAGCCUUACCACCUAUUGCAUGAUGAAGUCACGUUGCCGUGGUCGGAGCUCAACAUGCAGGGGGCAAUACUUGACGGCCAAGUCUCGUUUGUGCAAAGAAUCAAGAUUCACCGAGAUCAUCACGACUUCUCAGAUCAAGCGGAAAUACUUGUAGAGCAUUUUGCUUUAAAGAUCACCGACAAGGAGCACACGACCAAGGCUGCGGAGACUUCUUUCAUGGAUGAGAUUGCUGCCAACCAAAGAACAACCCAUCCCCGUAUAACUCCACUGCUUUCUGCCUUCAAACACCGAAAGAGAUAUUAUCUCCUAUUCCCUUGGGCUGACGGCGACAGUCUCUAUGACCUAUGGAGAAAGCACGACUUACAUCAUGAAUCUAUUGAGCGUUGUCCGUCUUGGUACUCAGUUCGAUGGAUGAUAGACCAAUGCUACUACAUAGCCGACGCCUUAGCCACGGUUCAUGGCUAUGAUUCCCGUGAAGGGGGGCACUCUUCCGAAGCCCAACUUCAUCUCGACAUCAAGCCGGAGAAUGUUGUCUGCUUCCGAAAGUCCGAAAAUGGCAAAGUCUCGUACGAUUUAAAGCUAACGGACUUUGGUCUAUCUAAACCUUUCAAUAGGAAUUCUUCAACACGUCCGACGCAAAAGGCGGAGACAAAGACAUACCGGCCGCCUGAAAGAGAUCUCGAGAGAUACGCGGUGGAUGAGUCGUUCGAUAUAUGGUGCUUGGGAUGCUUAUUUCUCGAUUUCAUCACCUGGGCGGUAGAAGGGUGGAGCGGGGUCGAGAGCUUCAGCGAAAAACGCCUCCAGGAGACAGAUGAGAUCGAUGUCGACCUGGAGUUCCCUCCGGUACUGGAAGAUACUUUCUUUAAGAAGAGGGUGCAACGAGGGACAUGGUGGUGGCCAAGAAGAGUUCCCCGGACCAUUGUUGCAGAUUUAAAGCCCUCAGUUAUUUCGCAAUUCCAACAUCUCCGCGCCCAUGCACGAUGCACAGAGGAUUUGGAGAGAUUUCUAAGUCUCGUCCAGUCGAGAAUGCUGCUCAUCGACGAUAGUGCACGGGCGACGUCGAAUGAGGUUCGAGAUGUCCUGCAAGUGUGGAAGCAGAGCUUCGAAGAGCAGAGAGUCCAGACUCGAAGCCUCCACCCGACUGGCACGUUCAUGGACGAAUGAAUCAAGGUUUUCGUUGGUGGUUCCGGAAAGCCUGCAGCUGCAAUGUGUAGGACCGGAUGUUACAGCACCUCAACCUUGGAUAUGCGAGAUACGGCAGAGACGUGGCACUCAAGGAUUGGGAAUCCCCGCUUCACUUUUGCACACGGCAAGUCUGAGGAGGCAGUGGAAUGCACUGCAUGCUCGUAUUGUUUGGAGUUGGUGAAAGAUUGCACUUAUUAUCAGCGGGCUUUGUUGCCGUGGAUUUGGAAAUAAUUAUUCACAUGUAUUUCAUUCCCAUGAACGUCU